GACAAGCGGGAGGUGCUUAUUCUCCUGGAAACCCGGGAGCCACUUGGUGCAGACAGCCCUUCCCACUUUCCCUGCGGCUCUUUUGUGUGACUUUGAGAGGGGCUCCCCGGUGACUGAUUCCUCACUGGGCGCCUGCUGAGCCGAGCAGCCAGCUCUGGGAGGGAGGGACCCUAGCAGAGCAGAGCGGUAGCCAGAGGCAGCCAGCGCAGACCUCAACUGCUGGACCUGGCUUGCAGUUUUUGUAAGUCAGCAGAAUCAGAAAUUAAAUUACUAUCAUUUUAUGCUGCUGGAAGCUCAAGAAGAGGGGAUUCCGCACCAGCUCAGUCACCACCAUGCGACAGGCGAGUCACAGGACGGUGGACCCUGGCGACAACGAAUGUAAGUUCUCUCGCGGCUGUCUUUUAUUGCUGUGGGGUUUGCUUUCUGGUUGAAGUCACACUUGGCCACUAUGCCGUCAUUGCCAUGAGAAUUUCUGAAGUGGAAAGUUCUCUGCCGCUCUACGAGACGCAUUUUCCUUUCAUUAACCAAGCCACAGACACGAGCUGAAAUUCCUGAUGCAGCUGCGGCAAUUCUGUCUGACCAGAGAAGGGUAACCCAAGUAUUUCCAGUUACUAUGGGAUUAACACAGCAUUGGUUUUUAACGGACUUCCUUAAUACAGAGGGUACACAGCCCUCCCUACCGAUUUUGGAUUGCAUGCUGUUUUAACUUUGUGAUGGCUGAACUCAUGAAAUCGGCACAUUUAACCCGAGAAUCAGCUGAAGCGGAUUCCCACCGGUUACAAAACUUUUCUUCCUUAACCAGGAACACGUUUGUGUCCCCAGAUGUUCAAAACUGCUUUUUUGCCUUUGCUUCAUUGAUAACUUACGGCUCUCCCGUGGACUCCUCCUAGCGCUGUGAAGGGAGGAGGCACUAUCAAGAGCCGUCACACUUCUGUAACUCUUACGGUGGGAGCGGAAAAGGCAGCCGGAGGAGCCACACAUGGGCUCCACUUCAACGCGUCCUAGAGCCAGGACACGAAGAUGAAUGGUGAGCCAAGCCUGUGACUUGCGAGUCUCUCCAUACUUCAUCUGCUACAACUUCCGGCUCAGACAUGGAAAUUCUCUGUGAAGACAAUACUUCUCUGAGCUCCAUUCCAAACUCCUUAAUGCAAUUAGACGGUGACUCCAGGCUCUACCAUAACGACUUCAGAGACGCUAACGGUUCUGAUGCUUUGAACUGGACAAUUGACGCUGAAAACCGAACCAACCUGUCCUGCGAAGGGUACCUCCCACCGACAUGCCUCUCCAUCCUUCAUCUCCAGGGGAAAAACUGGUCUGCUCUAUUGACAACUGUAGUGAUUAUUCUGACCAUUGCUGGAAACAUACUGGUCAUCAUGGCAGUGUCCCUAGAGAAAAAGCUACAGAAUGCCACCAACUAUUUCCUGAUGUCACUUGCCAUAGCUGAUAUGCUGCUGGGCUUCCUUGUCAUGCCUGUGUCCAUGUUAACCAUCUUGUAUGGGUACCGGUGGCCUUUGCCUAGCAAGCUCUGUGCAGUCUGGAUCUACCUGGACGUCCUCUUCUCUACAGCCUCUAUCAUGCACCUCUGUGCCAUCUCACUGGACCGCUACGUCGCCAUCCAGAACCCCAUCCACCACAGCCGCUUCAACUCCAGAACCAAGGCCUUCCUGAAGAUCAUUGCUGUGUGGACCAUAUCCGUAGGUAUAUCCAUGCCGAUCCCAGUCUUUGGAUUGCAGGAUGAUUCGAAGGUCUUUAAGGAGGGGAGCUGCCUGCUCGCUGAUGACAACUUUGUCCUCAUAGGUUCUUUCGUGGCAUUUUUCAUCCCCUUAACCAUCAUGGUGAUCACCUACUUCCUCACUAUCAAGUCACUUCAGAAAGAAGCCACCUUGUGUGUGAGCGACCUCAGCACCCGGGCCAAAUUAGCCUCCUUCAGCUUCCUCCCUCAGAGUUCUAUGUCCUCCGAAAAGCUCUUCCAGCGGUCCAUCCACAGGGAGCCAGGCUCCUACGCAGGCAGGAGGACGAUGCAGUCCAUCAGCAAUGAGCAAAAAGCGUGCAAGGUGCUGGGCAUCGUGUUCUUUCUGUUUGUUGUCAUGUGGUGCCCCUUCUUCAUCACCAACAUCAUGGCCGUCAUCUGCAAGGAGUCCUGCAACGAAAAUGUCAUCGGAGCCCUCCUCAACGUGUUCGUCUGGAUUGGUUACCUCUCCUCUGCUGUCAAUCCACUGGUCUAUACCCUGUUCAAUAAGACUUACAGGUCUGCUUUCUCGCGGUACAUUCAAUGUCAGUACAAGGAGAACAGAAAGCCCCUGCAGCUAAUUUUAGUGAACACCAUACCCACGUUGGCAUACAAGUCUAGUCAACUCCAGGGAGGGCAGAAAAAGAACUCAGAGGAAGACACUGAACCAACAGGUAACGACUGCUCUAUGGUUACUCUAGGAAAACAACCCUCAGAAGAGACGUGUACAGACAAUAUCAACACAGUAAAUGAAAAGAUUAGCAGCGUGUGAUGGACUGGUUGCUCUGACAACUGCACUUGAACAAGGUUUUAACCCUUGCGUGUGGGGGCAGGGGUACGGAGACUGGGACAAAUGAGAGCACCCCAGUGACUCAACAGCCUAUGCCUCAUUGUGUUCUGUGUCCGAGGAGCAGCGUGUCACAGUGCACACUGGGACAAUGUCCUGACAGCAUCUGAGCUAGGAGUGUUAGGGUUUUAUCAUUGUCCUUUUAACAUUGUCAGUGAGAUCUUUAAAAACCAUUUUCCUUUACUGUACAAUUAUGAGGCAUAAAAUCAAUCCCAGCUAAUUUCGAUUAUCAAAUAGAAACCUUGCAGCCCUGUUGUUGAUGGGUGGCUUGGGAGUGAGUUGGUGACCGAUUAUUGUAUAUAAAAAUAGCUAGAAAUGAUGAAAAUAGUGAAUAGCCUCUUUUUUUUUAAAAAAAAGCGUUUAAAAUUCACCAUGAUGCAUAUUUUGAAAAUAGAAAAUAGACAGUAUUACGAAAUUUGUAUUGCUAAUACAAUUAAUUGAAAUACUUGACAAUAUUUUUCAUUCUUGCCUUUUCAUAGAUGUCAUUUUGAAGUGUUCACAUGAUCGCUGGCAUCUGCUGCGUUUGCCAUUUAAUUCUCAGAUGUGGAAGGGUUUUAAAUGUUAUUCGAUAACGCGCUGCUUUCUCUUCUACUUCUUGGGCUUUACCUGAAUUUGCAAUGUGGUCUUGUUUCUUAUAUUUUCAUCUCCGUAAACUAUCAAAGGAUAAUUUCGCUUUUCGAAAUACAGUUCUAGAAAUUGCUUUAAAAAAAAAAAAAAAAAAAAAAAAAAAAAAAAAAAAAAGCAUCCUGGAGGUGUUUGGUCACGCUCUACGGAACCACUGCAUUGCGCAUGCGCCCUUUGAGCUGCGACCAGUACAUUGAGUUGACUGUCCCAGCUAAGCAAUAAACUCAGGUUUCUCGCUGUUAGCUGUAGUUUCUUAGGCUAUUUCUGUAAAAAUUAAAAAUAAAUAAAAUUAAAAAAUCAAGUGAUUUUUCUACUGACACUUAAUCAGGUAAAACUGAUUUCAAAGGGCAGGGGAUGUAGCUCUAAUGAUGAGUGCUCAUCCACCACGCAGGAAGCCCUACCUUGGACCCCCAGUGCUUUGUGAAGCCGUGGUACAAGCCAGUAAUCCUAGUCCCUUGGAGAUGCAGGUGAGAGAAUCAGGACUUCCACGUCAUUCUCAGAUGUUUACCAGGUUUGAGGUCAGUGUGGAAAGCAUGAAACCCUGUCUCCAAAAAGUAAAUAAAUAAAUAUAGGCUUUAAAAACAUGAUACUUUGAGAUUGAUGUAUUUAUAUUAUUUAUUAAAACAGGUUAGCUUAACAGUGAUCUACUGAGUGUAUCUUAGGAGUGGAGCAAUUUCUUAGUUGCUAAGGAUAUAAAAAGAAAUGCAUAAGAUCUUUGCAUUUAACAAAGGACAACUUAAUUGGUUGUUAUCAAAAGUAUGAGCGGAUUUGUUUUGAGAAUCAAUCAGUUCAGUUUCUUUUUUUACCUGAUUCAGAAAAGAGUUUAUAUGCACUCCUGAGAAUAUUUUAUUUCAGUUUUCCUCAUUUACCAAGCAGGCAAGGAAAUGGGGGGAAAAAUUGAAUCAAGGAUUUGAACUGACGUAUAGAAAUAAACACCUCAUACUGGAUCCAGUCCAUGACUAUCAAGGCUUAAAGCAAUAUUUUCAUUCCUUCCCUCUAAAACUGCAUUCAUUUUACUCUGAAAGACACUAGUUCCCAAUGAAAAAGCAAAUACAGCUGGGCGGUGGAGGCGCACACCUUUAAUCUCAUGUUUGGGAGGCAGAAGCAGGCAAGAUCUCUGUGAGUUCUGAAACCAGCCUAAUCUAUAAGAGCUAGUUCCAGGACAGGCUCCAAAGCUACAGAGAAACCCUGUCUUGAAAAACCAAAAUAAAUAAAUUAAAUUAAUUUUUUUUUAAAAAAAGCAAAUAUCAGUUACCAUAAUGUAGAAAUGGCUAUUACAGACUAACGAGAAUCAGUCACCGUUGGUCCACCUUGACACUGUGAUGCCCAAGGGUAAAUUGCACAUUUCUGUUGGGACAGACGAUAGAUACAGGAUAAAAUGCUGAAGGGUUUUUAUCGACUAUAAAGGUGUUUUGCUAUAAGUCUUUGGGAAAUGUUACAUGUUUGGGGAAUUAAAGAAUAUAGGAAGCUUCAUUGCGUAAGUUGGAAAUGCAUCAAGGUUUUCCCAAGUUUGUCCUUACAGGAACUUCAGAUAGAAUUGAUAGUGCGUCUCUAGUACCGAGGUUGUAUUGAAAAGGAGUUAGUCCUUAAUGACUAGACCCUAAUGACUGCUAAAAAUAGAAGUGGGCAGAAGUUCUGCGUUUUGCCUUAGUUUCAAACGUGUCAAUAUGCAUUAAGGAAAAGAUUACAGAUUCAAAUCCACGGACUUAAUUCAUCAGGAUUGAACAUAAAUACUGCCUGGCAGAUGUCUUUUGACUACACAUAUAUUACCAGUGUGUAUGUGGUUUUUCUCUCUGUAAGUAUCUAUUGAAGUGUAUAUAAGAAAAUGUGUGCCUGUAUAUAUGUACAGACAUGUUCCCAUGCACUUUAUUCAAUAUUUAUAUAUUUAUAUGGAAGAAGAGCAAGUCGGUGAAAACAUACACAUGUGCAUGUUUGAAUCAUGUUGAUCUAAAUGUGAAUUCAUGUUCUAAUAUUCCUAUGACCUUCCAUGACUGCCAAGGGAGGUCACUGUGUAACAGAGAUGCCCUUUAAAUAAACUGGAAGUUGCUUUCAUGGUAUGGAAAGAUUUUCACACAGUUUUAUCAGGGUGUUGAAAACAAUCAUCUGUGUUCCAUGAAUUAAUCUUAAAUUGAAUGGUAGCUUAAGGCCUCUCUUUAGUCUGGGUCCUUCCUGACUUCUGUGGCUUUUCAGAUACCCUCCUCUCCCCAGUAGGGGGAGCAAUGGCCCUCUAAUGAUUUAGGGAUCCGUGAUGAAAGGAUUCAUUUCUAGUCAAUACUAUUAAAAGAGUAACAGACUUCACUCUUCUUUAAGUUGAAUGAUAGCUUCUUCUAGACCUAAGGGGUUCAAUGCCAUAGUUAAGGAACACUCAGUUAAAGCUUACAUAAUCUAUUUGGCCACAUCGCCAUCUCAUGGUCAGUUUUGGGAAGUGCCACCAUAGUCCAAUCAAAUUGCAACCGUACUGCUUUUAGCAAAAGGGUUCUUCUCCCACUUCGUGCACUGAUGAAGCGUAUUUAUAAAGUGUUGUUAUUCUGUGCCAUAUGUAACAAACAUAGUGAAGAUUUAUUUUAUGUACUGAUUUUAAUCUAUUCUAAAAUAUUUCAAAAGAAUGAAUGAAUGAAUGAUUAAUUGCCAAUAAAGUACA